CUUUUGACAACGCCGCGGAGGCUGUAUCCCUGUAGCCACCUUUUUUUCAAACCAAUAAUUCCCUAUACAUAAACUGUCUUCUAAGUUGCAGAGACUUUUGGUUUGAUCCGAUCAGAUCCGAGAGAGAAUGGGGGGUGUUCAAACCAAGGAAAAGAGGUUUCCGAAUGACAAUAAGGUUGUGGAAGGGCUAAAGUACAAGGUGAGGGUUCUUCAGCGAGAGGUGUCUGAGAUAAUGUGCAUGAGGGAGAACGAGAGCCAGUUGUACGAGCAAGAAAUGAUGGUGUUUGCUUUCAAAGAAGCAGAAUGGAAGAAGGAGAGGACGAAGCUGAGGGAAGAGGUGAAGAAGCUGAGGAAAAGGGUGGAUGAAAGAGAAGAUCAGAAUGUGGAAGAUGAUAAUAAUAAUAAUGGUGAAACUACUGUGGGUGAUAGCUAUUUGAUGCAGCAGAUAAGAGAGGAGCAAGCCAGGAGAGAUGAAGCCAUUGAGAAGUGGAAACAGCUCUACUUUGCCAUCAAGGUUGAGCUGGAUCAUCUCAUUCUCAGAACCAAUUCAGGAGAAGGGCUAUGUUGGAAGGAAGAAGGAGGAGGAGUGGAAGAGAAGCUGAGAGCCAAGGAAGAAUGCAUUGAAGUAUUAGAAGCAAAAAUUGCAUUAUUGGAGCAACAGGAAUUGAGGAGGGAAAGGGAAGUUGAUAUAUUGAAACAAAGCCUGAAGAUUAUGUUCCACAAGAAGAAAGCACACGCUUAAAAUUAAAUUGUGUCCUAGCUACAAUUUCAUAUAUAUGAAAACAUCAAUUAGAGAACUGAAUGUUUAUAUAUAGUAUUUCAUGGCCUUUGACAGAAAGCAGCCAAUUUCUUUUGGUAUCAACAA